UUUGAAUGUUGUUUGCAACCAAAUGAUUGGGUGUAUUCCUAAUUUAUGACAUUUAUAUAACAGUCAAAUCAAAGAAAUACACUUCAAUUGCAAACCAGCGUAUAUCGAAGCAAGCUCUGUUUGUUUAACGCAUCUUCUUAUUCAUAAAGGCCUGAAAACUGUCCUUCGGUUUGAAGUAAUUCUGGCCAACGCAACAUGGAAGGCGAUCAAGUAUCUUAUGACUAUAUGAACGGUACUGAAACCGUCGAAAUCAUUUCAUUUUCCUGGAUGAAUAUAUCUUCGUCUGUUGCGGCCAUUGUAAUAUUCCUGCUCAGUGCAUUGUUAACAACUGCCAUUUUUCUAGAUCGUAAAGCCUAUGAGAAAACACGCGCUUUCUUAUUACUGAACUAUAUGUUUAACUACACGCUGUUUGCCUUGUUCUUUUAUUUCCACAACGUACAUAUUCAUAUAUUUACAGAUUUACCUCAGUCUACCUGCUUAUUUAUUAUUAUACUAACUUCCGUUACUAACGACGCUGCUCUGUAUUUCAUACUUCCUAUUUGCUGUGAUUUUAUUGUGAAAUACUUUAAACCAAGCAAAUAUGAAAGUCACAGUUUUCUACAUAUCCAGAUCAUAUUAACAGUUGUUUUGUGGGUUUUCAUCUGGAUCGAAGACUUAAUACUGCUUCUAGCGGCCUCGGAAUAUGAAAGUGAACACUGUGUUAUUUUCUUACAUUUCGUUUCCCUCUGUAUCUAUUCUGGCACAGUAAUUUUGUAUAUUAUUACGAUGUUGGUAUUUGUAGGUCUAUUCAUUUACAUUGCAGUGAAAAGUAAAGAGUGUGAGAACAUAGAAUCACGUUUAAUAACUUUGAUCAUUGUUGUGACAUUCAUCGUACUCUCUUGUAUAGUAGAAAUUAUUUUUUUGAUUGGAAUUUAUGCGAAUAUAAAAAACCCUGUUUAUUAUUUACCCUUUUUAUUAAAUAUGAUAAGAUUUGUAGUGGUGCCAUUUUUGUUGCUUUUUGAUGCCACAAUAAGACAAAGUAUUCGGAAAUUAUGUUCAGCAAAAUGUAAAAAACCAACAAGCCCUGUAUCACAUGAAUUAACUACUGAACUAAAUUAAUCACAUAAAGCGAUGUAAAAAGAAAAACUGUUUUAUAUCAACUUAUAUAGUGCUAUAAACUUAAUUGUGAUAUAACAGCUUAAAGACAAAUUAGCCAGAUACUGUUGUCGUGGACAACCAGAAUAGUGACUUGUAAUCAGAGUAUCAGUCAUCUGAGCAGAUGAUAAUCUAUUCUUUGAUGAAAUGGGAAAAUUACCCAAUUAUACGAAAUAUUUUCGCCAUUGGCUACGAGGGGUGUCUGAAAAGUCUUGAGCCUCAAAAAAACAAAACAUGGUACAAGACUUCUGAUGAUUUACUUUUCAUCAUAGUCCCCCUCGAUGGCUGAACACUUUCUCCAGCGGUGCUGAAGCGCCAUUAUCCCGCCGUAGAAGAGCUCUUUCGUUUGGGACGCCAAGAAACUUCCUACAGCGUCUAUGACGUUAUUGUCACUGGCAAAAUGGCGACCAACCAGGGUUUUUUUCAUUUUUGGAAAUAGAUGGAAGUCGGAGAGGGCUAAGUCUGGCGAAUAAGGGGGGUGGGGAACAAGUUCGUAUCCACAAUCACGAAUUGUUGCCAUGGCAACCACUGAGAUGUGGGCUGGAGCAUUGUCGUGAUGAAAAAGGACUCCUCUGGUGAGCAUUCCCGGCCCCUUUUUUUUAUUGCUUCUCGGAGGCGUUUCAGUAGCUGAGAAUAAUACAGCACUGUCACGGUGUGACCGUUUUCAAGGUAAUCGAUCAGCAAGACACCUUGAGAAUCCCAAAAAACAGACGCCAUGACCUUACCAGCUGAAGGAAUGACCCUGGCCUUCUUUGGGGUAGGAGAAAAUGUGUGCUUCCACUGCUUUGAUUGUUCUUUGGUUUCAGGCUGGUAGUGAUGAACCCAACUUUCGUCCAUAGUAAUGAAACGAGCAAGAAAAUUCUCUUCAUCGGCUUCAAAGAGUUCCAGAUUGCUCGUGGACAAAGUGCACCUGGUACGUUUCUGUUCAGGAGUCAAAAGGCGAGGGAUCCCACCUUGCGGAAACCUUUGAGAACCCAAGUUCUUUUGUCACAAUGUUAUCUGCUCUUUCUGUUGAGAUGCCCAGUCUCUCGGCUAUCUGAUGACAUGAUAUUUGGCGAUCUUGCAUUAUCAUACCAAGAGCAAGGUCAAUGUUAUCCUCAGUGGUUGCAGUUGGAGGUCUCCUUGGUGUGGGAUCAUCUUCCACACUCUCCCUGCCACGCUUAAAUUCAUUUACCCAGAGUUUGACUGUUGCAUAUGAAGGAGCAUUGUCUGUUAAGGUUCUCACCGUAUCUUCAUGGAUUUCUGAUGGAGUCAUGCCUUUCAAAUGAAGCUACUUUAUGACAGCACGAUACUCAGUUUUCUCCAUUUUCCUUGUAAAUUCGAAGCUUGUUUAUUCAAAAAUCUGCAGCAAAUAAAAUUAAAAUAUCAGAAUCAUGAAAAUGAGCAAGAAUACUCCGAAAAGACUGUACUUACCAGAAAAAAAUGUUUCAACUAUAUAGCAGCCCCAAUUCUAGGUUAGGUUCAAAACUUUUCAGACGCCCCUCGUAUUUUUAGUAUCAGUGAUACUUGACACAUGCGUACUUUCCAAAUAAUUGCGCAGACCCUUUAAACUUCGUUUUCUCUUGUGGUUUCUAGACCCAGGCCAAGAAAUGGCAUCACUGGUGCAUCUGUUUUUCGUGUAAUGGAGGAAAGUAAGCAAAAUCAUCAAAAUGAAUAUUUCGUUUCUCUUCCAGCAUCCUCACCAAAAUGUAUAAUUAUACAUAAGUUGCUAAAUAUGUUAUUUAUAAAUUUAAGAUUUAAUUAUGUUGUUAAUAAAUAUAACAUUUAAUUAGUA